AUGAAUGCACAUAUCAAGGCAGGCUCCUGUACUCGGAAGCCUGUCCAGAAGAUUGAUCAGAUGCUCAAACAAAUGCCGACUUUCCCACAAAACCCAUCCUUCUCCCAGGAGCGUCUAGCAAAAGCGAUACUAGACUUUAUCUCUACCGCUCACCUACCUUUCCGAAUCAUUGAGCAUACCCAAUUCAAGGAUCUAGUAGAGGUUAUCCAACAAGCCCCGAGCAAGGUCAAUAUCCCAUCUGCGCGAAGUAUGCGGCGUUAUCUCGACUCCACAGUCAAAAGCAGCCAAAAAGAGAUUCUUAGAAGGCUUCCAGAUAGGAGUCGCCUUUCAAUAGCCCUUGAUUGCUGGACGUCGCCAUUCCAGCAAGCAUUUAUGGCUGUCACAGGUUAUUUCCUUGAUCAAGAUUGGAAUUACUGUGAAGUUCUUCUUGGAUUUGAGCAUCUUCACGGAUCACAUACGGGUGAGAAUCUAAGUAAGACCGUGAUUCAGCUUCUGACUGAUCAUGAAAUCACCGACCGCGUAUUAUCCGUGACCACAGAUAAUGCAACUAAUAAUAACACCCUGAUGAUGAAUAUCCAAGAGACAAUUCAGUCACAAAGCCGAUCGGAUACGUUGAUCUUCCGAGUUCCAUGUAUUGCGCAUGUGAUCCAGUUAAGCUUGAAUGAGCUUCUUGGGAAGCUGAAAGUGACGCCACCGAAUAAAGAGAUUGAGCUGGAGUGGUCUGAUGAACGAACCCAUUCAUUUCAGACUAAACAAUCUAGCUCAACUAGACAAAUUGCGGAUACUCUAAAAAAGUCUAAGAUCCGAGGUCUUGCUGUGUUUAUUAAUGCAAGCCCACAACGCCGGGAGGCAUUUAUGGCCCUGCAAACUAAGGAGCCUCGUUUGAUCCCUAUCCAAGAUGUCCAAACCCGAUGGAACUCAACCUUUAUGAUGCUUAACCGUGCUAAAAGGCUACAACCAUUUUAUGAUCAGUAUUGUACACAUCAUCAAUAUCUCCACUUCAAACUUGAUCAAGAAGAGUGGCGACAGAUUGAAUAUCUUCUUCUUCUUACCAAGCCUUUCUUUGACUUCACUACUAUGCUAUCAAAGACUAGGGAUGUUACUACACAUAACAUCUAUAGUAUUUAUAACAAGCUUUUCUCUCACCUUGAUGAAGCUGAGAGAAAAUUGAAGAAUAAAGGGGUUAUCUGGAAGAAGAGUAUGCUCCAGGCUCUUCAGACUGCAAAGAAGAAGCUAUCAAAGUAUUACACUGCUACUGAUCAUGAAUCGUACGGUGAAAUAUAUGCACUUGCAACGAUCCUUUGCCCAUCAAAAAAGCUUCGAUAUUUUGCAUCAACAGACUGGCAAGGUGAAAUUGACUACGUCAAACACUACCAUGGAGUCCUUAACCGAGAGUUUCAUCGAUAUAAAGAUAUGCUUCAUCAUGAUUCAGAUACUAUGGUCGUGCAAGAUGCCACUGGAGAGGCCCGAGAUGACGACUAUUAUGAUCUUGAUACCGCUUGCGCUUCUCAGAACCAGCCACAGGAUAAGCUCUCAAAGCCUGAAGAUGAUGAGAUUGCGAGGUAUCUUGCCCGCGGGAUUGAGAGACAAAAGCCCCGAGCAUUCUGGAAAGAGCAUGAGAACGAGUUUCCUAUUCUUGCAAGAAUGGCACGGGAUAUUCUUUCUAUCCCAGCUAGUGGUGCAGGCGUUGAGCGAUUAUUCAAUUGCGCUCGCGAUAUCUGCCACUAUCGUCGUGGCCAAUUGAAACCAAGUACGAUCCGAGGAUUGAUGCUUCAUCAGCUCGCCACUAAAUUUGAAGUUGAGCAGAAGGAGUUUGAGGUUAUAAAGGAGCAUCUUUCCGCCGGAGAAGCUGUAUUGUUAGAUCAAGCUCGGAAACCAAUACCCCAGCUUGAAACUGUCGAGCCUAUUAGUGAUAAUGAAGAGGAGGAACAAGAGCUAGGCAUUGAGGAUACACAACGGAUAGAAAGCUACGAUGAGAACUCAGAAGACGGGGAGACUGAUAAUCGAAGUAAGCAACUACAGCUUAAACGAUCAAGGAAACGAUUAUCCGAGGCUUCCGAUGACGAUGACGAUGGCCUUCCAGAAAUGCUAAUAGAUGAGGGCAUACAAGGACGGUCGGGGCGGAUUCGGAAGCAACCAAGAUUACCUGAUGGAUUUCAGUUUGAUCUCAGAUAG